AUGGAGUUCAUCCAGCAGAUUCAAGCGACUCCGAUCGGAGAAGAUAUCCGACUCGAGUCUAGCUCAGUACCGAUGAUCCUCAGCUUCAAGAUUCGAUCGAGACCAAAAGAGGAGGCAUUCUAUGAGGACAGAUACUGCAAAGUCACUGCGAAGAACAUUUUUGUGAAUGGUAUUAUUUCCCGUGUGGAAGUUCGGCUCGGAUACCACUGA